CAACUCCGUCACUACCCGCAGUCGGGCCAUUCAGCAGUGGUGCCAACACCAGUCGUCGCUCUGCAAGCUCAUAAGCAGCACAAUUGCUGCAGCGCACAACUGCUUGCAUCUCAGAGAGCAAGAUCCAGUCAGCAAAACACUGGAGAGCAAAAUCACUGAGAGAGAGCGAAACACUCAAAACACUGCGAGGCAAGGAUGCGCUGUCUCUACGCCCUCAUAACAGGCGCCGUUGCGCUGCAGCCACGCUACACGCCGUCGCGCAGCCUCAAAACGCGUUUGCAAGUCACCGGCUCCGAGGACGACCUCCGCGACGAGAUCGCCCGCCGCAACGCAGCGAAGGCGGACGCGCCGCGCGUGCCCACGACGCAGCCGGAGCCGACGGACCCUCUAGGAUUCGCGUCCCUGCUGUGGGAGCGGACGCUCCAGUACGGCUCGAAGCUCGCCGAUUCGUUGAGCGACGAAGCCCCCGCGAAGCCCACCGAGGAUAUUGUUGUGCUCGGUUCCGGCUGGGGCGCCGCGGCGUUAGUGGGAGCGCUCGGGAGCAACGGUGAGCGGGUUACCGUCGUGUCGCCGCGGAACUACUUCCUAUUCACGCCGAUGCUGGCUGGUGCGGCGGUCGGGACGGUGGAAUACCGCUCCAUCACGCAACCGGUCCGCAGUCUGAACAAGCACGCUGCGUAUGUGGAAGCCACGGCCACCGCAGUCGAUACGGAACGCAAGGUCGUCGUGUGCGAGGCCGUGGUCUGCGAAGGGAGUCAGUGUUCCAUUGAUGAAUUCGAGUUGCCGUAUGAUAGAGUUGUCAUCGCGGUCGGCGCGACGACCAACACGUUCGGUGUCCCGGGCGUGCGGGAGCACUGUUUAUUUCUGAAGCAGAUAUCUGACGCCGACAGCCUUCGGAAAGCGCUCGGCAACGCCUUCGAACGAGCGUCCCUACCGACUCUGUCCGCCGACGAAAGGCGGAGAGCUCUGAGCUUUUGCGUCGUCGGCGCGGGCCCGACGGGCGUGGAGUUCUGCGGGGAGUUACGAGAUUUCUUAGCGGCGGACGCGGCGCGGUACUAUCCAGACUUAGUUGGCGAAGCGCGAGUCACGUUACUUGAGGCCACGGACCAGGUCCUGGGCGCCUUCGACGCGUCAUUAAGAGCGGAGGCCCUGGACGAGCUCCGAGUGAGACGUUUGGCCACAGACAACCAGGACAUCGCCGGCGUCGACGUCAAGCUCGGCGCGCAAGUUACUGAAGUGAAUGGGACGCACGUUUUACUAGGCGAAGCGGACCCGGUGCCCUACGGCUUCUGUGUCUGGGCGACGGGUAAUGGGGCCGUGUCUGUCGUGUCCGAGACGGUGUCUUCAUUAGGAGAGGGCGCCCAGGCGGAGGCCCAGGCUACCGCAAGGGGGCGGUUGGCCGUGGACCCCUGGCUUCGUGUGCUCGGGGCGCCGCGCGGCGAGGUCUACGCGUUGGGAGAUUGUGCUUGUGGUGCGCCUCCCUUACCCGCCACUGCGCAAGUCGCGGCGCAGCAGGGCGAGUACCUCGCCGGUCUGCUGAGAGGCGCGGGCCGCUACGACCUCGGCGCGGCGAAACCGUGCCGCGCCGGCGGGCGGCGGUUGGACGAGUUGUUCUGCGAGACGGAAGGCGACUCUGUGGUAGCGCGCCCGUUCCAGUUCCUGAACCUGGGCAUCCUGGCCUACGUCGGCGACUCGAAGGCUCUAGCUCAAGUGUCGCUGGGCGACUCGACCCGUCUUUUUGCCUGCGUGAAAUAGAUUGCGUCGAUCGCGCCGGGCGCCUUACAGUUGAUUUCCACACAGUCAAAGACACGGGCCGCCGCGCCUUCGCGCUCUGGCGGAGCGUCUACCUCGCGAAGCAGGUGUCGCUGCGGAAUCGCGUCCUCGUCGCGGGCGACUGGGUGCGGGACCGCGUAUUUGGAAGAGACAUCACGCGCUUCUAGGGUCCGUCCCGAUUUGUAUCGUACUAAAUUUAUCGAAGUC